AUGGCCGCUUUGUUUACGCAAAGUGCGUAGCGUUACUCAGCGUACUCCACGCUGUCCAAGACGAGCCGUCCGUCGUCCUCACCGCAAGGCGUUUCGGGCUGCCGGGGGUUCGGCGUUUGUGACACAAACAAACCGAAGAACCGAGCGAAGAUGAGAAAAGGCCGUUCGUGAUAAAACCCCACAUUCCUGAAUGCGCGGUCUUCAUCACUUCCACGCUCCCGUUCGGCCUGUCAGCGUAAACCUGCGCAUGAACUGCCUUGGACUAGUCCGCUAGCUCGCCCACUAGCUAAGCCUAGGAUAGGAACCGCACAGUGACGCUCCAGCAUGACGGACAGCAUCAUGAGUAAAGCAGCCACGAUGGAGAUCCCCAUCAACAGUAAUGGGGACAGCCGGACUCUUGGGGAGGACGAUGGCCUGGAGCAGGCUCGAAAGGUACAGUGGGGAUUAGAUGAGAAGGAUCUGCAGCAGGUAAUGGUAUCUGGGCCCAACCUUAAUGAAACCAGCAUCGUAUCGGGUGGCUAUGGUGGCACAGCAGAAGGCAUCAUUCCUACCAGCUCCAUCAAAGGCCCUGCUGUUCGCCUCAACACUGAAUUUCUGGGCAACAGACGCAUCCCAGUUGCCUCCAUAUACCUCAUUACCCUUGCCACACCCCCUCCAGACCUACGAAUGAAGUGCAGGGGAAUUAGCGUUGCCCCCAGCCAGUCUGCCGCCAGCCGGAUAGCCAGCCAAUCAGACGACUUCCCCGGAUCCAGCAUGCACCACAGCAGCAGUUCUUCCAUGAUGGCGGAGGAAGCCACGAGAGGGGUUGCUGUGGAGAAGUUUGACAUGAUGAAGAAAUGGGGCCUAAACACCUAUAAGUGCACUAAGCAGCUGAUCUCUGAGCGGUUCGGGAGAGGCUCGCGGACUGUGGACCUGGAGCUGGAAGCUCAGAUCGAGGUGCUGCGGGACACAAAACGGAAGUACGAGAACGUGCUGCGCCUGGCCCGCGCGCUCACCAACCACUUCUACAGCAUGGUGCAGACGCAGCACGCGCUGGGAGAUACCUUCGCUGACCUCAGCCAGAAAUCUCCGGAGCUGCGGGAUGAAUUUGGCUACAACGCAGAAACCCAGAAGCUGCUGUGUAAGAAUGGAGAGACCCUGCUGGGCGCCAUCAACUUCUUCGUAUCCAGCAUCAACACGCUUGUCAAUAAGACUAUGGAGGACACGCUCAUGACCAUCAAGAUGUAUGAGAACGCAAGGCUGGAAUUUGAUGCCUACAGAGCUGAUCUGGAGGAGCUGAACCUGGGGCCUCGAGACGCCGUCACCAUUGCCCGCAUCGAGGCUGCGCAGCAGCAGUACCAGAUCCACAAGGACAAAUACGAGCGACUCCGCAGUGACGUCACCAUCAAACUCAAGUUCCUAGAAGAAAACAAGGUGAAAGUGAUGCACAAGCAGCUUCUUCUUUUCCACAAUGCCAUCUCUGCCUACUUCGCUGGGAACCAGCAGCAGUUGGAACAGACCCUCAAGCAGUUCAACAUAAAGCUCAAACCGCCAGGAGCCGACAAACCGUCCUGGCUGGAGGAGCAGUAAAAGUGCCCGUAGUGCCCUCUGGCUCCGCCCCCCCUUUCCUUUCAACCUGUUUAACCAGACAGAGCAAGCACCAGCCCCAGUCAUGCAGUCUAGCCUAUACAGCACCAUGGCAGCAAGAGGAUGCCCGUCCUAUAGCUGCUGUAGAAGAGAGGGGCUACUGCCUUUUUUCAACUUUCUCUCCUCCUCUACACCUCCGUCUCUUUCUCUCCCUUUGCCCUGACAUUGUGUUUGAUCAUGAGAAUAAGCAUCACUCCUAUCUUACUCUUUCCAAAGGCUGUCAUGUUUUGAGUUUGAAUGCGAGUCAACCCAAUGGUCAGUGGAAACUGACCGAAAUUUCCAGGGAACAACCUGUGGGCAUCAAUCCGAGCUCCUGUAGACUUCAAACUUCUCUCUCCAACCCCAGUGACCACAUGAAGAACUUUUUUUCCAAAAAGUUUUUUUUUUUUCCCCCUCCAAAUGCGAGGUUUUCACUUGUGGACCUGGACUUGUAGAUGUCAAGAAGACUGAACACUCCGAUUCUGAAUUUUCAAAGAAUGAAUUUCUAGGCGGGUUCUGGGUGACAAUAGAUCUGUGUUAUUUAUUUUCAUAAAUGUCCAGCUAAAUAUUGAACAUUGUACAUUUACCUUAUAACGAACAUCUGUGUGUGUUUACCAGAUCCCAUGAUGCAGAAGGGAAUGUUCGUAACUGUUGUUAAUCAUAGGCUACGUUCACAUUACCAGGCUGAAGUGGCACAAAUCCGAUUUUUUUGCCCUAAUGUGACUCAGAUCUGAUGUUUUCAGGGUUGUGUGGAGACGCA